AUGAGCGCCCGGCUCCUGCUGAGCGGUAGACCGAACACGCCUCCCCUCUCGAAAGAAGGGAACAGCAACACACCAGCCACAACGCAAGCAUCGGACCAAGAGUUUUCCUCAAUCCCAUUGAUCCAGCCUGUCCAGGCAUCAUUUCCACCGCGAUCUGGCUCUAUUCCCAUAGUUCCAGGUUUCGAAAUCCCUUUCGUUGAAGCGGACCAGGUCCUCCAAGAAUACGUGACCUUCAUGCUUCCUCAAUUUCCUUUCGUCCCGCUGCCCUGCCACAACGCCUACGACAUGUUUAAAGACAAGCCGCUCCUUCUGAAGACCAUAUUGCGGGUUUGUAGGCCUCCGAAGCCGGAGGCAUCCGCUGCUUUUGAGAGCCGGUUGCGACAACAUAUUGCACAUCAGACUGUGGUUCUUGCGAACAAGAGCUUGGAGCUUGUCCAAACUAUUCUGGUGUUUCUUGCCUGGAACAAUAUAUAUUUCUACGCCGCGUGUAAGGAUACAAGCCUUUUGCAACUGGCGAUAGGCCUGGUCGGGGAUCUGGGCCUCAACAAACCCCGCCGGCCCGUGAAUUCCACCUUUGCAUCCAUCGUCGAGGACGCGGCUCAAUUGAGAAACGACCUCCCACCUCAGCCCAAGCAAACCAGCGACGAGUAUUCUACUGACCCAUUGCUGGUGAACCUCGUCCGCUUGCAGAAUAUCGCGGCUAAGGUGAAUGAUGCUUUUUGGGAGACCAUUGAAGUCUCCAAUGAUGGCGUCCAUCGGAAGUUUUACUCUAUAGCCGUAGCUUCUAUUCGAAGGGAGUUGGAUGAUUUCAUGCAACAGUUACCGGAUCAUCUGAAGUGGAACCACCUCUUGCGAUCCCACGGCGCCGCCCUUCGCAUUCGCUUGUUCGAGCCUUUCAAACACGGUGACAGCAGUGACGUACUCGAGAACACACAAUUGAGAUGUCGCACCAUGUGGGAUUGCUUAGAGAGCACGCAAGCGCUUUGCGACGCUUUUCGCUCGGUGCCGGUCGAAUCCUACCCUUCUCUCACUUUUGUCUCCAUUCUUCAUCUUGCUCUGGCCAUCAUCAAGGAUUUCAGGCUUCUGAGCGUGGAAGAUCGUGGCUGGGACUUGGAGACUGUGCGGACGAUAUACAACCUUCCCGAAGUUCUGCGUCAGCUGAGCAAACUAUUUGGGGCCGCCAGCUGCCUGGGUAGUCCCCGAUGUGCAAUCGUGCUCCACGGCCGGCCCAUUUUCGCCGAGUAUGCCGAAGCAUAUCGAAGUAUCGAGCGCUGGUACUUGUCAACGCUGAAUCCGGGGGUCGCUCCUGCAGAUCCGGCAAUGAUUGGGGACAUAGUUGCGCACGGCGGUGGCCAAUAUGAAGGGUUCGAGUUCUGGAAUCAAUUGUGGGAAUUUGCGUAUGGACUGGCGCCCUAA